GCACUACUACGAAUCCUACACUACGCACCCGCGUCCCGUAUUGACGGCUCACAAUGGCAUUAGGAACACUGGAGAGAGUUCCGCAUCCAAUGAAGACAAAGAAAGCUCGCAGUAAUGCAAAAGGAUACGCUUACCCCAGCGUUCUCAGGUUAUGCUCCCUCUGUGCUCCACUGUUCCUUUUGCAUAGGAGUACUUGAAUGCGAGAAAGAACCUCUCUGUACCUCAUGUAGUCAGGAUCAUCGCAGAACGUAUCUAUUGCUGAACCCCUUGUUGUCGGGCCUCUUGUCGUUCUUUGUUCAACUUUCUGCUUCCUCAUUGUCCGCAUGGAGGCCACGCCAGAGCAGAGGGCCAGUUGGCCGCCGCCCAACUUCGACAAUCCUGACAGUCGAGGGGCUUUGGUGACUGGGUUCACUGCGCCGACUAUGGCUUUGGCGAUCAUCUUCACCAUGGCUCGGUUCUAUGGAAAGGGCAUCCUCAGGCAGGCUUUGUGGCUCGAUGACUGGAUCAUGCUUGCGGCUACGAUCAUAUCCAUUCCAGUAUCGAUAUUCCCAAUGGUUUCUCUCAAUUUCGGUUUGGGUCGACACAUAUGGGAUUUGAAGCCAGAAUGGGCAGAACCCUACGCUAAGAUCGGCUUUAUUGCAGAUAUCUUGUUCCCUAUUUCUUGUUCACUAACCAAAGUGUCACUAUGUUUGACGUAUCUUCGACUCUUCCCUGGCAAGGCCGACAAGAUCUUCAACUACACCCUGAUGAUUUUCGUAACGAUCUAUACAGUCGUCUGCAUCUUUCUCAUGCUCUUCCAAUGCACACCCAUCCGUGGGUACUGGGACCCCAGCGCCAAACAGUCCUGUAUAAACACCCGUGUGACAUUAGUUGUCGUCGCCGCGCUGAACAGUCUAAGCGACUUUCUCAUUUUCCUAUGGCCUGCGAAACCCCUGUGGAGCCUCCACCUCCCCAUGAAGCAGCGCAUUAGCCUGAUCAUGAUCUUCGCGGUCGGAUGCACGGUCUGCAUAGCAGGAAUCUGUAGAAUGUAUUACCUCGAACAAUAUUUUGACUCCUAUGAUCUGUUGUGGGUGGGAGCCAUAAUCUGGCUGGUAAUGUCCGUUGAAAUGAACCUCGGAAUCAUUUGUGGAUGCCUCUCUGGAGUCAAGCCCGUCCUCGCCGUCGUUUUCCCUCGUCUCUUCGCUUCGUCGUACAAGUCCAACUCUCGACCCACGUACCCAACCUAUGGCCGGACGACAAGACCAGGUGGCGAGAGCUUCGCUUUCCAGCCCCUGACGGACGCUUCCACGAGGACUAAGAAGGGGGAGGUUCACAUAGAGGCUUUGAAUCCAGAAGACGGUAGACACACCGAUCAGAGGAACUAUGCGUGGGCGGCUUCGACGGCAGCGGAAGAUGUUGAUGACAGUCAUGUCGUGCCACCUGGACAGAUAGCAGUGAACCAGGUAGUCACAAUCAGAGAAGAGGAACGAGAAGUCGAUGGAAGCUCUCCUACACCUUUGGAGAGGAGCACAAAGGGCGAUAAUGGAAGUGAAGAGUGGAUUAUGGAGGAGUUUCCUAACGCGCCGCCACCAGCGAGGACGAAGAAUUAAAAAUGCUGAAGAAGGACUUCACAAUUUCUUUCCAUCUUGUAUGCGGCUUCAGCGGACCUGGCGUUUGGAGGAUCUUUGUUUAAGACAUCCUGGGACGGUGAUUUGAUUUCAAAGGGAGGCUGCUGUUAAAGCGUUGUAAUUCAUCGAGUAUUGUGUCACCA